AUGUCUGAGACUGCCUCUGAGGAGAUGAAGACCACGUUGGCAGUUACGACUGCCAAUGCGGAUUCCCCAAAGAUGGUAAAGGACAAGCAGGGCCGUGAUGUAGUUCUGAUUCCGCAGCCUACGGACGAUCCAGAGGAUCCUUUGAAUUGGCCGAUAAGAAAGAAGAUAAUCAUCUUCGCCUCCGUCUGUCUGGCUGCUUUCGCAGCUCAGAUGUCGCCCAAUUCAAACAUGCUCACCUUCAUGUCCCAGGUGCCAGUAUAUAACAAGACCCCAAACGACCUGCUUUACUCCGUCUCAGCUGGUCUCGCUGGCUGGGUCGCCGGUCCCUUCUUCUUUAUUCCACUGGUUGGAGUGAUCGGACGAGGUGCUGUCAUUUUCUGGAGUCUCGUUUGCAUCUUCGCCGGCCAGAUUUGGGGUGGUGAGAUGACUGGUGCCAAUGAUUACAUUCCGUUCACCAUCUCUCGACUCUUUACUGGCCUUUUUGGUGGUAUUCCAGCCAUUCUUGGCAGCGGAUACAUCAUUGACAUGUUCUUUCUGCACCAGCGUGGAAAGGCUUUUGCUGUUUUCGAAAUCAUGAUCAUCUUCGCCGUCGUCGGCGGAGGAACACUGGGAGGUUUCAUCGCCAACAAUAAUCCUUGGGACCUUGUUUUCUGGUGGACCCUCGGCCCCAUCGGCGCUGCGAUGAUUCUGGUCUUUAUCUUCGUUGAGGAAACUACAUACAACCGCGAAGCUGCCGUCCCCCGUCCUCCUCUACCCAAGAACUGGCUAGCCAACAGAAUUGCCACCUUUUUCCCUGGCACAAGAACACAGCCUGCUGGCAAAGGCAAGGAGUUUGUGCGACGGGCAAUCAUUCCCUUCCAAAUCACUUUUGCUCCCAUUACCCUUCUCAUGGGAACGUACAUCUUCGUCGCCCUUGGUUUGCCCAUCAUGCAAGCCUCCACUCUGGCUACCUUUAUGGAGCCUCCCGUUGUCGCUGGCGGUUAUGGCUUUUCUUCACUGCAAAUGGCUUUUUUCACCAUGACCGCAUGGGUUGGCAUCCUCUGUGCCCAGAUCUAUGGCUUCUUUUUCAAUGAUAAGACACCCCUCUGGGUGGCUCGUCGUCGCGGUGGCACCUGGCACACCGAGUACCGCCUGGCGAACACCAUCCUGCCAUCGAUCAUGCUACCCAUCGGUCUCGGUUUGUGGGGUGCUGGUCUGCAAUAUCAUCUCCAUUAUAUGGUCCUUGCUCUAGGAUCCUUCUUGAUCUGGUUCGGCGCUCUUCUCGCCCUGCCGGUCUGCUACAACUACAUCAUCGAAUGCUUCCUGCAUAACCCCGUCGAGGCCUCCGUCUCCCUGAAUGCCUACCGCGUUACCUUCGGUCUGAUCUCUGUCUUCAUCACUACUAACUGGGAAGAUGCCGUUGGUGUGGGCUGGAUGUGGGGGAUGGGUUCUUUUUUCAUUCUAUUCGUCGAUAUCAUCAUGAUUGGACUUAUUCUCAAGGGCCAUGUUGUCCGUGAGUGGACUACCAAGUUGAGCAAGACUCUUGCUUUCACUGAAGAUGGAGCAACUAUCAGCACGAAGCAGGAUGUGGUUGCUUAA